AUGGACUGCGUUUUAAGCAACCAAGAAAUUAAAAAAAUCGUUGAAAGAAAUGAAGCUUACUAUUCUGUUAUAGAGUUGAAUGAUGUGCUUUAUUUAAACAAUAAAUUCUAUAGAAAAAUCGAAAGUUUGCAGAAUUUGCAGAAUUUAAAAACCUUAUAUCUGAAUAAUAAUGCACUGGAAAGCAUUUGUGGCCUCGACUGUUGCGUUAAUCUGAUUGCUCUAUACCUUAACUGUAACCGAAUUUCCAAAAUUGAAAAUUUACACUCCUUGAAAAAGCUAAGAAUAUUGAAUUUGGAAGACAACAAUAUUUGUGAGAUAGAAAAUUUGGAUAAUUUAAAGAAUUUAGAAGAUUUAAAUUUGAGUAACAAUUGUUUGGGAAGUAAAGGCUCUUCAAAUAUUGUACACUUACGAGAGAACAAAAAGAUAUCAAUUUUAAAUAUUAGCAACAAUCAAAUAAAUGACGAUAUUCUGGAUAACUUGACUCAUUUGGAAAAUCUGUCUAUUUUAUAUUUGAUGAACAACCCCAUAUUGGUGAAAUACAAAAAUUACAGAAAAUUAUUCGUGUAUACGUUGAAUAGGUUAACUUUUCUUGAUUACAAACCAAUCAAAAUGGAGGAAAGAAGGUGCGUUGAAGCCUUUUUUGAGGGAGGUUUAGCAAAGGAGAUGGAAGAAAUGGAAAAAAUUAAAAAGGAGAAAAAAACACAACAUGAAAAUUCUAUAGAAUGUACAAUUUCAAAAAUUACAUAUGGAUUGCAAUCGUUUAAACAAAUAUAA